AUGGGUUUAACUGACAAAUUAAAAGGAAUCAAGAAGGAUGAUGUUGACAACAUCAACAGCCAAGCCGGGAAAUAUGCCGGUGGCAAAGACGGUCAAACUGGUACUGAUCUUGCCCAAGACAAGUAUAAGCAAUAUAAAGCUGGAAAAACUGCUGAUAGUGCAAAAGAUUCAUUGACUGGUCAAAACCAAGGAGCCAGUAGUGGUACUUCUGGAUAUGGCGCCGGCGCUGGUACUGGUUCUGGUGCUGGUGCUGCUGGUGUUGGCGCUACAGGUGCUGACCUGACCAACGCUGCUUAUGGUGGUACUAGUCAAUCUGGUACUGGAUACGGAUCAUCAAACACUGCUAGUGGUCAUCAACAAGGUUCCACUCAUUCUGGUAGUCACGUUGAUAGAUCCUCUGCUGGUGGAUAUGGUUCUACUGGAUAUGAUCAACAACAAACAAGUGGAAGUUAUGGAUCUGGCGUUACUGGUUCCCAUGGUACUACUGGUGCUCAUGAUUCUACUGGCUACGGAUCUUCUCAAACUGGAACUCACGGUAAUGCUGCUUACGGAUCUUCUCAAACCGGCACUCAUGGUGCUACCGGCACUCACGAUUCUACUGGUUAUGGUUCUCAAACUGGUACUCAUGGUACUACUGGCUAUGGAUCGUCACAAACUGGUACUCACGGUGCUUCUAGUACACACGACUCUACUGGUUACGGGUCUUCACAAACUGGUUCUCACGGUACCACUGGUUAUGGAUCAUCACAAACAGGUACUCAUGGUACUCACGGUACUCAUGACUCCACUGGUUACGGAUCUACUCAAUCUGGCUCCCAUGGAUCAACUGGUGCCCGUGGUACAACCACUGGUGCUCAUGGUUCUUCUUCUUCUGGUUAUGGAUCAUCACAUACUGGUACAGCUGCUGGUGCUGGUGCUGGUGCAGGAUACGGUGCUGCCACCACUGGUAGUGGACAUGGCGAUUCCAGUUAUGGUCAAACUUCUACUGGGCAUGGUACCCACUCUUCUGGCAGCCAUCAAGGACUUAGUUCCAAAUUCAAAACAGGUGUUGACCAUCUUGAUGCUAAGAUUGCACAAUUACCAGAACAUUUGCAAAAGGAAGCACACAAAGAAUUCGAAAGAGGUUACAACGAUGCUAAGAAAUCAUUUAAAUCUUAA